AUGCCCUUCAGCAAUGUUGAUUUUGAACUUGAGGGUGAGAAUGCAACAAGCCAAAUGAAAAAGUUUACAUCUUCUCCCGUCUUCAAAAAGUAUAUUAGAAACCCAGAGCCGAUACUCACAGCAAUUCAAUCAGUACGAGGCAGCAUUUCAUGUUCUUUCUUUGAUGAAACUGUGGACUUGAACUUAUUGGAGCAAAAAAUAUUAUCGAAACAAAGUGUUGAUUAUCAAACGUUAUUGCUAUCCUACGCUGUGAUUAUUGUCUCUGAGCGGUUCUAUGAUAUUUCACCUGAUGUACGGGAGGUUGUGGCGGAGUUAGAUAUUAUUCUUAAUGAUUGCUCUGACUGUUCGGAAAAAGUAUCGUCACUAGUUCUGCUUUCCGAAUAUUAUCAUUACAACUUCAAAAUAGAAACUGCUUGGAAAUGCAUAUUUCUCGCUGCAGCAAUUGGCUAUGCGCUUGGAUUACACACUACUUCGUCAAAGGUAUGGACGAUGUUAGUGCUACAAGAUGCACUUUUAUGCUCUGUAUUAGGACGUCCUACUUCAAUAAGUUGCGUAAAUUCAAAAUUGGUUGGCGAUCAAUGCGACGGAUGGGGCGAAAUUGCAGUUCUAUUGAGAGAAGGUAAUGAUAUGCUGCUUAACUUAAAGUCGGAUACGUGUGCGGAAAAGGCAAUAUCAUUAGAUUUGAAGAUUGAUGACAUUAUAGAGAAAACAAAGAAAAGCAUGAGUUCCAACGAAGAAAAUAAUAAUUCAACUGUCCUGUUGGUUGGAUAUUUGAAAAUUUGUAUUAUGGCUGCCAGCCGGAUAAAAAUUCUCUUUCCUUUUUUUACGAAACAUAGGUCAAUAAAAGCACAACUAGAUGAAAAUUGUAGUUCAUUAGCUGGUUGCCUCUGUGGACUUUUCCAGCUUCUCAAUGCAAGCAAUCUAACUAAUGCAAGUAAGAAGUUUCCCUUACGUCCUCAUUUUUUUCCCGCUUACUGUAGUGUUUUCCAAGGAUUUCUUUUGCAAUUUCUUUACACUUCAAAUGAACUAUUUAAAACUUACGAAGAAACUAAAAAUACUGCUGAUUCCACUUUUCUUCCAAAAGAUCUUGGACGGGCUGGGUUUUUCUUGCCUUCUUUAGACGUAACCGCUAUUCUAAUGGAAGAUUACGACCUCAUAACAGGAAAGGUGAAAUUCUGCAGCUUUAUGACAGAUUUGUUUGCCUCUUUCAGGUCUUUGCUGAACCAAAGGAAAUCUGGAACUAGGAAGCGGACACCAGCGGACACAUCAACGGAAGAACAGCUUUCAACGCCUACUGUGUGUAGUGGUAUUUUAAGCGAGAAAAGCGAUAAUUCAUCGCCUCUAAUAAUGGGUGAUAUAGCAGAUUGGAUUACGUCUUGCCUCUCUGAUGGUACUACACAUUUUUAUCCCUCAGAACCGCCACUUUAA